AUUCCUGGUACCUAUUUCCAUGGUCAGAAACAAAUAAGGGAAGAAAAUCAACUGGCUCAUAUUUUUUUUUUCUGGAACUUGAACCAAAAAAUUAAAAAGAUUAUGAAACGAUGAUAUUUGAUUUGCUAAAUGUCAAAAUCUUUUGACAGGAGGAAAAACGUUUGUCGAGGACAUUUAAACUCAGGAUCGAUCGGAUUUCUUGCCUGGACAGAAACCCAUAAAAUGGGAUAGAAAAAGAGAAGGGGAAGAAUUCUUUUUCUUUUCUUUCUUGUUUACUUUACUUUUUUUUUUAUUAUUUGAUUUUUUGUAAUAUAAUACGUUAUGGCAUCUGUUAGCGCAGCAUUAAAAUCUCGAGUUCGUCGUCCUGCCCUUUUGAAUAAGGUGAUGAAAGCUGAAGAUACUGUACCUUUCUUCAAAGAUGGUCAAUACCUUGGAUGGUCAGGAUUCACUGGUGUUGGAUAUCCCAAAAUGAUUCCUAUCGCUUUAGCUGAUCAUGUUGAAAAGAAUAAUCUUCAAGGCAAAAUGAGAUUCAACUUGUUUGUUGGUGCCAGUAGUGGUGCAGAAACUGAAGAUCGCUGGGCUGCUUUGAAUAUGAUUGAUCGUCGUUACCCUCAUCAAGUUGGCAAGAACAUCAAGAAAGGUAUCAAUGAAGGUCGUAUUCGUUUUGCUGAUAAACACUUGUCCAUGUUCCCUCAAGACCUUGUUUAUGGUUACUAUACCAAAGAUAAACCUGAUAACAAUAAAUUAGAUGUAGUGAUUGUAGAAGCUACAGCCAUUACUGAAGAUGGAUGGAUUGUUCCUGGUGCAAGUGUUGGUGCAACCCCUGAAUUACUUCAAAUGGCAGACAAGAUUAUCAUCGAAGUGAAUACCAAGAUUCCUUCCUUUGAAGGUUUACAUGAUAUCGUUGGUUGUAGUUUACCUCCUCGUCGUAAACCCUACUUGAUUAUGGGUGUAGAAGAUCGUAUCGGACAGUGUGCUAUCCCUGUGGACACUGAUAAAGUCUUGGCUAUUGUUGAAUCUAACCGACCUGAUUGUACUGGUCCUAAUGCUCCUCAAGAUGCCAAAAGUGAAGCUAUAGCUAACCAUUUGAUUGAAUUCUUGGAACAUGAAGUCAAGAUGGGUCGUCUUCCUGAAAACUUGCUUCCUUUACAAUCUGGUAUUGGUAAUAUUGCUAAUGCUGUUAUUGGUGGUUUGGCUAAAUCUCGUUUCCAAGAUGUCACUGUCUUUACUGAAGUCCUUCAAGAUACUUUCCUUGAAUUCUUUGAUUCUGAAAAACUCAAGUUUGCUAGUUCAACUUCCAUUCGCUUCUCUCCUGAAGGUUUUGAACAUUUCUACAGCAAUUGGGAAAAGUAUAAGGGCAAAUUACUCUUGCGUUCUCAACAAGUUUCCAACUCACCUGAAGUUAUUCGUCGCCUUGGUUGUAUUGCUAUGAAUACUCCUGUUGAAUUUGAUAUGUAUGGUCAUGCCAACUCAACUCUUGUAGCAGGAUCUGGUAUGUUGAAUGGUCUUGGUGGAUCUGCCGACUUUUUACGUAACGCAAAACUUAGUAUCAUGCACACUCCUUCUACACGUCCCAGCAAAAAGGAUCCCAACGGUAUUUCUUGUGUUGUCCCUAUGGCUUCUCAUAUUGAUCAAACAGAACAUGAUUUGGAUGUGAUUGUAACAGAACAAGGUUUAGCUGAUGUUCGCGGUCUCUGUCCUCGUGAACGUGCUCAAGUCAUUAUUGACAAAUGUGUCCAUCCUGAAUAUAAGCCUUUGCUUCAAGAUUACUUUGAUAUGGCUACUAAGAAAUGUCUUGCUCGUGGUAUGGGUCAUGAACCUCAAAUGCUUGAUAAAGUUUUCAAAAUGCACACCAACCUUUUGGAAAAUGGAACCAUGAAGAUUGACUCUUGGUAGAUUAUUUGAUUAUCAUUCUUCACCAUCAUAUCACUAGUAUCAUCAUCAUCAUCAUCAUCAUUAUUUAUUAUUAUUAUCUGUAGUGGAUUAUCUCCCCCUCCCCUUCAAUUUGUCUAUAGAUUAGAUUUAGAAUUAG